UGCACAACUUGUAACAUGCUCUAAUUCUCAAGAAGAGCAGGGUUUGUUGAUUGUAGGUGAACCAAAAUUCACCGAGAUAAGGGAACCUGCGACCCGCGCUGUUAAAAGGUCGACAAAAACUGACGUUUUUGCAUUACAAUAACAGUUCUUAUAAUGUGCAAGUGGAAGUAAAGAUGAGAGAAAGUAAAAAUAUCACAAGUGCGAAGUCAAUAAUGUUACAUUAUAAUGUUUAUAGACCUAAUUAUAAAAAUGUGGUAUAAUAACAUGCUUCUGUUUGUUGGUUUGAUCGGAGUUAUCGCCUUCUCAGUUGAAUCAGUCAUAACAAUACCUCAAAAUGCUGCCGUUCACACAACUAAGAAUCUCCUCGAGGUACGCAAAAACAGUAAAGUGGUGCUUGACUGUAAUGUGACAUCAACCUCAUCAGUACUUGAGUACACAUGGAAGAAAGACGGGCAAAAUAUUAAGCUACCUCAAAAACGGGUAUCUAUUUCAUCAAACGGGUCCUUAAUCAUCGAAAAAUUCCUCAGCAAACGCCAGCGGGACGACAGCGGUCUAUAUGAAUGUUUCGUCUCCAACGCAAAUGGAGAAUUCAUCGGAGCACAGAUUUACACUUACGUUACAAAGCCUUCCAUAACGCUGACUCCACGCAGCCUGGACGCGACUGCUGGGAGCACGGUGCGUUUUGAGUGCGCAGUGAGCCAUAACCAUGACCAAUCCGCCUUGUUCGCAUGGCUUCAUCCCGACGGUACCUCAGUUUCAACAACCGACCACAGGAUAUCUGCGUUGGCGGGCGUGCUGUACCUGUACAACGUGACAGAGGGGGACACGGGAUCAUACAUAUGUCAGGUGUUCCGUAGCGGGCAGGACAUAGACAUCCAGCAAAAGACCGCCACACUUCUCGUUCAACCCGGUUCGCCGCCGACGACGCCCAGCUUGUUACCUACCCCAAGAACGGUGACUGUUGCGGAGGGCAGACCUGCGCUCCUCGAGUGUCUCGUCACCGGCGGCAGCGGCGUCUCCAUCAAGUGGAUGCGCACAACAACAAAUGGCAGUACAAUAAUGGCAAAAGACGAUGGCAGAUUAAAGAUUUCAGGCAGCUCGAGCCUUUUGAUAAGCUCCACGGUGAAGUCUGACGCCGGGGAAUACACGUGUGUUGUCAAACACUCGAGAGGACUUGACGUCACCAGAAAAUACACACUUGAUAUACUGACGCCCCCUGUGUUCCUAGAGAGGCCCCAGGUUUAUACUCGAAUUCUGGUACAGAGAGACCGUCUCAAAUGCGUCGCCACGGGCAACCCCAAACCAAGCAUCACGUGGUACAAAAAUGGCUACAGGCUCUACCCAGCCAACGGAGACCAGCUUGACGACACUGUAAUACUGUUCGGACUGCGCCAGGACGCGGCGUACUAUCAGUGUGUGGCCAACAACUCCGUGGCAGUCGCCUUCUCAACAACCUGGAUUGACUUCAAACAACAACCGAACACUCCGGGGCCGGCGAGUGAUGUCCACGUCGAGCCUCUUUCAUCAACAGAAGUGCAGGUUUCCUGGUCCCCGGCUAUUCUGCCGGAAAGGUUCCCUCUUCGUGCGUACACCAUCGACUACUCCAAAGUACAUGACAAGGCUUGUCCUGGCCAUUGCCGCUACCUGAGCGAGUACAAGCGGGAGGCCACUCAGAACACGCAUAUCCGUAUCGGAGGUCUGCAUCCCUUCACACGCUACUCGUUCGCCGUACAAGCAUACAAUGCGAAUGGCGCCGGCGCGCUCUCACAGCCUGUUGUCGUAAGGACGCUGGAAGCAGUGCCGUCUGGGUUCCCGGAUGUGCAGAUUUCUCAUGAUUCCUCCACAAGUUUCCGGGUCACGUGGUCGGAGCUGCCCCCAUCAGAAGCUCACGGACUGAUCACCAAUUACAAACUCUGUUAUGGCAUUAACCAGGUGAUGUCGGUGAAAAUCUUGUCCGCAGAUUCUCGAAAAUACCUUGUUACAGGUUUGUUACCCGACAGCGUGUACCAGGUGCGCGUUUUGGCAGGGAAUUCGGUGGGCUUCCCCGACGCUGAGGACAACUGUUUCCCGGAGACGGACGCCGGCUGGAUGAGAUACCACACGGCCAAGACGCCACUCACAGAGACGUCGGACACAGUCCUGCACGUUGAGUCAGUCAACGCGAGCGCCUUGCAGCUGAGUUGGUCCCCAGUGAAUGUGAGCGGCAUGAGUCACUUCCGGGUGGUCGUCCAGCAGAUGAUCCAUGGAGCACCGGUCAUGGAGUUUAUACUCCCUGUUCACACUUUAAGCCUCAUCGUCACCGAUCUAGUACCCCGGAAGUUCUACCAGAUAGAAUUUGACGUAAGAAACGCUGAUAAUGAUGUGAUGGACCACGUGACCGAAUGGCACCAGGCGCUUGGUCCAGAUGACCUCCCAGAGCCCCCUCCGCCGUUCGUCCUGACCCCGACCCCACUGUCUGCUAUACAGAUUAAGUUGACGUGGGACAAACCGCCAACACACAUGAACAUCAGCCAUUACACCGUCAGCUACGAGCGACAAGGAGGAGACAAGUUACCAAGGCUGGUUCAGGCGGAAUUCACCCACACUUUGUUGACGGACCUUCAGCCAUUCACGUGGUACAUGCUGUGCGUCCGCACCCAUACCAGUGACCGCUACGGUCCCUACAGCAAACCCGUCAUUGUACAGACCAAAGAAGGAAAACCUUCACCGCCGCAAAUUCUUGUUGCGGAGAAUGUGUCGCCGGGCAAGGUAAAGCUGGAGUGGGGGCCGCCGCGGCACCAAAAUGGCAUAAUCACGUACUAUAUCAUCUACUUCACACCGGGAAACCCGCUCAAAGGCGUCCCCGACGAUUCAUGGUCUUCCUUUCAUCAAAAUGCUACGACUACCUCAGUUGUUCUUGAGGACUUGACUGGACGGCUGUAUUUCUUCAAGCUGGGGGCGUGUACUAACGCGGGUGAAGGUCUCCCUACCCAGAUUGUUAGUGUCGACGUGCGCACGUGCGACUCGUGUCCGGACUGCACGACCGAGACUGGCUGUAAAGUGAAAGGAGGUCCUGAAGAAGACGGCGAGUUUAAACAGCGCCUGGGGAUUCUGAUUGGCUGCGGUGUUGGCGUCAUGUGCAUUGUCGUCUGCGUCACCUUUCUCGUGUACAAACACAAGAACCUGAGCCGUAUGUAUGCCGAGCGUGCUGCGGCGUUGAGCGCCCAGAAGCAGACCAUCCAACAACCACCGGAUGCCGGAGUCGCCCGCUACAUGCACGACGCGCAGGCGUACUCACCUAUGCUAAGCAGGAUGAUCGCAAACAAAGAUGUCGAAAAUGAGGCGGAGGACAAUGACAGCGGGGCACUCCUAUCGUGCAGCUCGAACGGAAGUGAACCCGGAAAGACCGCCUCCACCAACGUGGAAUCCUGUGAGAGUAAGCUCGACUGCCUCGACUGCGAGCACCUGUCGUCACCUGGUAACCGACAUGUGUUCCUGGUCGAUGCCACUACCUCCAAAAAUAGAGACUCUGUUAGUAGCCUUGGGUGUUCCGCUCAUUCUGAUGUCUGCUUUUAUCCUAACACAGAAAAUGUUAACAUAGUAGCGGGGAUGGCAAAUUCCCGACCUGACAGUCAAACUUAAAUAUACAGGUUCUAAUAAGCCCUUUGGCAGGUAAUAUUCAUUUAAUAUACGGAUACUGCUAUGGAACUACCUCAGAUUCACUAGAACAGGGAGAGCCUCAUACGUGCUUUAGGCGAUCAAAAGCCGCUCUGUCAGGAAAUUUGUGGCCUCUGUUAGAUCCUUAUUCAGGGAAACAAUUUUGAAAGUUCGGGUUAUUAUAUUUCUUAAUUACGAUUGAUUUAUUGUAUUCUGCUGUUUGGCAUCUUCGUAAUCUCAAUGUUUGGCUUUUGAUUUUCACUGUGGUUUACACGAACCAGUACUUGCCAUUAUAUUUAUCUUCAGACUUUAACACAUAUCUCAUCGGUCUAAACGGACCCGCAUUUUACAAAAAAACAGUGACCUCUCAGAUGUUAUGCCAGGGUUUAAGAAGGAAGACACAACCUGUACAUCAGGUCCGAUGAUUUGUUGUCCUAGGAGCAAUAGUGUACUCGUCAAUGAGAUAGCAUCAAUGCAGAUAUUUUCUAUGUUUCGAUAUUUUUGCUCGUUGUGAAUAUCCCGGUAUGUUGGAACCUAAGUCAUUGCCAUUCAAACUAUCGUUAGUUAGUAAGUUAUUAUACUGGCAUACCUGUGUGUUUGUAAAUAGAUAUGUGCUUUAUUUACAUGUAGAUGUCUACAAGCAUGUUAAUUGUUAAUGUUUAUAGUAUGACAAUGAAAUGUCAGGUUUAUGUUUUCUAUGUAUUAUAAUUGUUUGUUGCCAUACUUAUAGUUCCACAUAUAUCUUAGGUGUUCUUUUGCAAACUGACAACUUUCAGAUCUAGAGGACUUUUCUUAUUUGAACUAUUUCAAGAAAAUAUCUCACGAGGCUGGAAUUGGGCCGAGCGUCUUUAUACACGUUUUAUUUAAUAUCUUCCCGUUUACUCCCGACGGUAUGUCUGUUUUCCCUCAUUACAACCAACCAUCUGUUCUUACACUCUGUUUUAGGUUAUUCUUUAGAAUUGUCAAUGCUGCGUCAUCCUGUCCUCAAUAAAAUAAUAUGUUAGACUUCAAUAGUUGUGAACAUUCAUAAAGCAUCUGUUCACUUUAAUUAGCCUCACUGUCGUUGACACACGUCAUAAUUGGGCAUUAAUCAUGAAAUGUUUUGAUCCACCAGUCAAAAAAGUAGCCCGUCAUAAUUGCAGAUGUAUCAUGCAAGUAAUGCUUGCGUGUUUAAAUCGCUCGUCGCUUCCACGUCCUACUUUGAGAUAUUUUCCUGAAAAAGCCCUUAAGCCUAACAAGUUAUUGGAUUGGUUUGUUAAAUGUCAAAAUUGGGCGGAUUAAGUGAAGGUGAUCAAUUACGGAAGGUAAUAUUAUCCUACAAGUGUGGAAGUAUGAAUGCUUUGGUUAGCGCAUUAAUCGGACACAAGUGGUCAGGGGCAUAAUUAUUUUGAUCAUUUGUUUAUAAGUUAUGUUUUCACUGUAACCGAUUUACAGCACGAUUAUUGACAUAGAUAAUUACAUUAUAUGACAGUGCACAAUCAGUAAAUCCCAUUUAACAGCAAAGCACUUUAAAACAUCAGUAUUAGGGGGUUACGGCCCCGCCAAUAGCGAUGUUGACAUUACUAUACCUCACGCUUGGACCACUUCUCUACCAUUUGUAUAUAUACAUUUCAAAUAAAAAGAUACGGCCUUCAUUACCAAUGGUCACAAGGAAAGUCGCAAUCGUCUGAUUUACGCCUCACUAAAUUACUUUUUUUUAUAUUUCUGUCAUCAGCACAUUUUUUAAAAGGCCGUAUCUUUUAUCUGAAUGUUCAAGUUGUAUUGUAAUUUGUACUAAAUUAAAUAUGGAAUUUAUAUACCUCAAUUUGCCUAAAUGUUUCAUAACAUGUCAUCAUCGAUGUUUCUUUCCAUUUUGCUAUACCUUAGAUGAUAUAUUUUGCUGUUCUGUGUGUUUUUCACGGUUCUGUUUCUUUCAACGGCUUGUCCUUGUUACGUAGACGUCAAUGUGCAACUUAAACAUAACCAUAAACAUUUGACCAGUAAAUUCAUUUUAGUCGGCACAACGUACAUUCAGGACUUUUGGGCCAUUUCGUACACCAUAAAAUAUACCUCGGUACAUACAGAUGCAUUGAUAUGACUAUCUACAACAUUGUGAAUGCCUAACAACCAUGACAUAAUAUUUGAGUUUAUUCGUCUUUUAUCAUCGUUAUUGAUGUUUUUUUGACUGUUUUAUGAAUAUAAAUUAUAAACCUGAUGAAUCAAAUGACAUGGUUUUUCUCCUGGCAGAUGAAAUAAGCAGAACUGUAUAAUUAGAUCUGCAUUUUAUCAAUGAUAUUUUCAUGUAUUUGUGUUUGUGUUUUCUGUACGUGGUAUUACCUUAGCGGUAGGACCUCAUUUUGUUCGAAGAAAAGAAGCCGGGCUAUUAUCAUAGCCCUGGCGUCGAGGAAUUGUCAAAGUCAUGGCGUCGAGGUAUAUUCACAUAGCCCUGGUGUCGAGGUUUUGUCGUAACCCAAGCGUCGAUAUCGCUGUCGGGGUCGGUGGCGUCGUCGGCUUGCAAAAACUAAAACCUUGGUCAUUACUCAAAAAGUGUUCAAGAUAUUCAUUUGAAACUAGGUACCCACGUUGCCAGAGACAAUAAUGCAUGUAAAGCAAAGCACAUAACUCGGCUUUAAUCAUUGUUGGGAAAUGCAACCCUUUUGCCUAAAACAUAACAGACGAGCGACGAACUUUAUACAUGAAUACUUGAUAAGCCUUUAGAUAUACAUUCACCCGAGCAAGAAACGGACUAGGUACUCUUCUUAUUCUAGUUCUGAUAUACAGGUUAGUUGUUGACAAAUUGAUAGUGGUAUAAGCAGAAUAUUUCAUCGCUUGCUUAGUUCAAAUCAUAGUGAAGAAUUAAGUCACAUGCCCUUUAUUUUGUUUAUUAACCUACCUAAGGAAGUCAAUUUAUUAAUUUCGCAUAGUUGAUAAGCUAUUAAUUAUAGUUAAUGUGCUACGAAUUAAUCUGGAUUUGUUCUGAAUUCGCUAUCGCUGUUUUGGGAGGUUUUUAUUUAAUUUUCAAACAUGAAUUUAAUAACAAAUUAUUCCGCUUUAAAGGAGGACAAUAUAAUUCUACACUGAAUGCACAAAAGAAUCUUUUUAAUUUUAAUGCAUUAUUAUAUUUGACUCCUUUGAAAAAAUAUAAGCCUUCACAAAUGUGGGUUUGCAAUUAAUAGCAACGUGGCCAGAAAUUCUCAAGUAAAAAUGUUCCAAAAUAUCGCUAAUAUUUUUUUCUUACCCGAGAAAAGUGUUUCCUUACCAAGCCCUCUUUGUCUGAGAUGCACAAGUGUAUUUUAACGGCAAAAGUUUGACAGUUUCUAGUCGACUUGGCUGUUUUACGGAUACCAAUCGACUUGUUUUUCAGAUACAAAUAUUGCUUUUCAUAUUAUAUACACUGAUAUAAAUAAUGUGUAUAUUAUUACUAUUAUUAUUAUCAUCAUCAUAAAUAUCAUUGUUGCUAUAUGUGUUGCUAUGUUGCGCAUGUGAUGUUUGUUGCUUUCUUAUUUUGUAAGAACGUAUUGAGAUAAUGUACACCUUCGAUGGUGACCGUAAUUCUAAAUUUGGUUUUGAGUAAGUGUUGUCGACUCACUGGCUGUCAUAGAUGUUUGAAUUUGCUUCGAUAAAUCAAAAAUGUCUUCGGGGCGUAUAUCUAUAGAACUCUGUUUUGCAUAUAGGCCAUACAUAGCAGGUAAAAUCAAUCAGGAUUAAUAAGUAUUCUGUUGUAUAAAUGUACCAGUAUUUUAUUUAAUAUUUCGGGUUUGAAAUUAGAUUGAUUAGAACCAAACAUUCGUUUAAGUAGCCACAAUGUAUAUAAGCUAAGCUUUUUUUGAAUGUAAAAAUCGCGUAUUUAAGACUGUAGUUAAAGAUUUAUACAAUCUAGAUGCUGUUUCAAUCACUAACUCAGGACCUGAAUUGCCAUGCACUCGCAGCCUGCUCAUCAUGUGAAUCUCAGGAGGUUUCGUCUUGAGGUGACAAAGACUGUGUCAAGAAAACUGUGCAGUUAGGCCAGCAACAUCAUAUAAGACGACGUGCUCUCUCUCCUUCUAAACUAUAUGCGCAUCUUAACUAAUGUUAAUUUGAGUCAGUUCUCAGCUGCAAGUCGUCGCUGUAUUGCAAAAGACAUUGCUGAUGAAAUCACUUGAAUGAUGGCAGGUUUGAUAUUCGCUUCUCUCUUGACGAAUAUCAUUUUGUAACGUUACCAAGGGCAUUUUAAACCCAAACAUUUUAUAUGCGAAGUGAAUGCAUGAACAAGUUCUUAAAUAAACGAAAUUGCAUAUUAUACUUUCAAAGCGGUGUACAGCGUUUAAUUGUAUUUGUUUUUCAAUAAAAAACAAUCGUGCUCUUAUUACAAGAUGGUACUUCCGGAGAAAACAAUACCUUUAUAACAUACUGUAUGACAUGCUGCUUACAUUUUGUGCCAAUACUAUCUAGUUAUAUGUGAAUUGUGUGAAUGGUUCCUUCUAAGCACCAUUGUCUGUUGUGUAUUUUUCUAAAUAGUCAACAUCAUGCCAGUGCAUAGAUUAUAUACAUGUUGUAGAAUGACUGAAUCAGGUUUAAGUGUCAGUAUAUUUAUUCGGACUAGAUGUUUGAGUUCAUAAGGAGUGUGUGUAACAAUGCAUGCAACACAUACUCUAUAUUAGAUACUGAUAAAGGAAUACGACUCCUACAAACAUGCAUGUUAGUUGCAUGGUGGACCGUGAACAUACUAUUUUGAUAUCCUUUGGAAGGGUUUUAAAUGUAAAACAAUAAUACUAUUAUUAUAAACCAGAAUUGUUGGCCUUCAAAGGCGGUAUUUCAAAUCCGAUUUCAGUUUAGAUAAAGAGCAAGAAAACAAACUGCAAUGACGGUAUAUAUAAAGAAAUUUAUGUAAUUUAUUUACAAUACCCUUCCGAACAAUAUAAAAUGUGUAUGGGGUCACCCGGCAUCAACAGUGUAUGGUUUGUGAGUCCGGUUCCUUUAUAAUGUUCAAAACGAGUAUACACAGUUUACGGCGUGUUACAGCUGUUGAUACUGUCCAUUGUGAGGAACAUCUUUUUUCGAUGUUUGUCUGUUUCCGUACUUGUUUUAUUAUGUGAAUACACGCUAGAGUACUUAGCCGUGCUUAUUACUAUGUAUGUACAAUAUUAUCACGAUACCUUAACAACAAAUGUCUGUCGGUGGAACACCCGUAUCAAACCGUCAAUGUUUUGUAUACCAAUUACUCUCAAAAACGGUUUACCGCGUGUAUCAUUAUGGGUAAAAAUAAAAAUGCUUAUAACCUACGACCAACCUGAUAGGGAUAUCUCGAUUGCCUCCCUCGCCCCUUGAAAUAGUGAAGAAGGAAGAGCGAAAGUUCUUUGUUACAUUAUCGCAUUUUUAGUUCAUUCAAUUUCGCAGUAAACAAGUUUUCUCCUCCAAGUCCAUAAAACAAACUCGCGAUAUUCAAUGCUAUGUUCUCGCCAGCUCGCCUCCGCAUCCCAGACUUACUUUUAGACACGAAUAUGCAGAGGGAUUUUACAAUAACAUACACACAGUCUCCGCAAAUAAUACAUAAUAAUGAAAACUCGAAUCUCAAUUUUAUCAGGAAACGAAACAUAUUAACAUAUUAAAUUAUUAAUGAAUAAAAAAAACGGAAGUGAAAAUGAAAUAUGGCAUCUUUUCAUGGAUUUCGAGCAGAAAUCUCAAAUGUUUACAGUAUGAGUUGAACGAAAAAGAACGAUGCAAUUAUUUAACAUUAAAUCUCGCGUAUUUUUCCUUUGGCAAUUUCAAUGGACGAGAGGCAGACAGCGAUGUUCAAAACUGGAUUUGGUAGAAACCUGAUAUGUAUCGACUAACGAUUUCCCUUUGUGGUCGGUUGACUUUCUUGUUCAUUCACAUUGCUCAUUUACAUUUAAAAUGACAGUUUUUAAUUUAGAUGAUGUAUAAUUUAAACAACACUAAAGACGUUAUGUUAUGAGGAUGCUGUAACGUUAUCCAUUUACUAAUACUUUGAGUGCAAUUGAGCAAAAAGUGCUCAGUUCGUGACUCUAUGAAGGUUGCCGUCUUUCCAUCGUCUUUUAUACAUCUGUAUACACUCGUGUGAAUUGUUUUAUAACUAAUUCAAAUCAUACAUGGAUACGAUUAUUUUUUUCUGGACGAAAAGGAGUAGUUUCAACAUUUUUGGAACACAUGCAGAUCGCUAUUGCCAAUAAUGGCAGAUGUAACAAUACUCCAGGAAGCGAUAUUGCCCUCCUUAUAUAUACAUUUUUUGUCAAAAUACAUUGUGAAAAAUCAAUAUUUGGUUUCAUUUUCGUUUGUCGUUGCAUUUUACACUGUGCAUUCUUCUGUUCUUCUGUUGAUGUAUUCUUGAGUAGAAAUACGUUUCUUAACAUAUUUGAACUUUGUUUGAAUAUACUUUGUAUAAGGAGCAUUAAGAUAAUUCGGUGUUGUUCGAUGUUCUUGUUGUUUACAGGUGCAUUAUUAGGUUAAUAAAAUAUAGAAAUA